AUGGUUCUGCUCAAGAGCUUUGUGCUAGCGGGUCUGGCGGCCGUCGCCGCAGCCAAGUCUGCCGUUCUGGACCUCAUUCCCUCCAACUUUGACGAAGUUGUCCUCAAGUCCGGCAAGCCGACGCUCGUGGAAUUCUUCGCCCCCUGGUGCGGUCACUGCAAGAACCUCGCGCCCGUCUACGAGGAGCUCGCUCUGGCCUUCCAGUCGGCCGGCGGCAAGGUUCAGAUCGCCAAGGUCGAUGCCGAUGCCGAGAAGAGCCUGGGCAAGCGCUUCGGCGUGCAGGGAUUCCCGACGCUGAAGUUCUUCGACGGCAAGAGCGACACGCCAACCGACUACAAUGGCGGGCGGGACCUUGAGAGCUUGACGGCCUUCAUUACCGAGAAGACGGGCGUCAGGUCUAAGAAGAAGCUAGCUGCACCGAGCCUUGUCUCCAUGCUCACCGAUUCGUCGUUCAAGGAGGAGAUUGGCGGUGACAAGAACGUCCUAGUAGCUUUCACUGCCCCCUGGUGCGGCCAUUGCAAGAGCCUCGCACCUACAUGGGAGACAUUGGCCCAGGACUUUGCUAGCGAAUCCAACGUCUUGAUUGCCAAGGUCGAUGCCGAGGCUGAGAACAGCAAGGCUACCGCUGCCGAGUACGGCGUUACAUCGUACCCGACCAUCAAGUUCUUUCCCAAGGGCAGCAAAGAGGCCGAGGACUACGACGGUGGCCGUUCCGAGGAUGACCUGGUCGACUUCAUCAACUCCAAGGCUGGCACACACCGCGCUGUUGGGGGCGGCCUCGACGCCGUGGCUGGUACCCUCGAGUCACUAGAUGCGAUUGUUGCCAAGUUCACCGGGGGCACUUCUCUGAGCGAGGCCGCUGCCGAGGCAAAGAAGGCUGCCGCGGGCCUUAAGGAGGACGCUCAGCUGAAAUAUGCCGAGUACUAUCUCCGUGUCUUUGACAAGCUCACCAAGAACGAUGGUUUUGCCGCCAAGGAGUUUACCCGCCUCGACGGGAUCAUCAAGAAGGGUGGUCUGGCGCCGGAGAAGUUGGAUCAGCUCACCACCAAGGCUAACGUCCUCCGCAGAUUCGUUGACAAGGUGACUGGCAGCAAGGAUGAGCUUUAA